GGAUCGCGAGGCUGUUCCCAGCGGAGUUGCGGUGCCCGUCGCGUCGGGAUUGUAACUGUAAUGGGCACCGAGGGGAAAGCCGGGAGGAAACUGUUGUUUCUCUUCACGUCUAUGAUCCUGGGCUCUUUGGUAGAAGGCAAGGGUUCGGUGUACACUGCUCAAUCUGAUGUCCAGGUUCCCGAGAACGAGUCCAUCAAAUUGACCUGUACCUACUCUGGCUUCUCCAAUCCCCGCGUGGAGUGGAAGUUCGUCCAAGGCGGCACUACUGCGCUUGUGUGCUAUAACAGCCAGAUCACAGCUCCUUAUGCCGACCGAGUCACCUUCUCAUCCAGUGGUAUCACGUUCAGUUCUGUGACCCGGAAAGACAAUGGAGAGUAUACUUGCAUGGUCUCCGAGGACGGUGGCCAGAACUACGGGGAGGUCAGCAUUCACCUCACUGUGCUUGUGCCUCCAUCCAAGCCAACGAUCAGUGUCCCCUCCUCUGUCACCAUUGGGAACAGGGCAGUCCUGACCUGCUCAGAACAGGAUGGUUCCCCACCCUCUGAGUAUUCCUGGUUCAAGGAUGGGAUAUCCAUGCUUACAGCAGAUGCCAAGAAAACCCGGGCCUUCAUCAAUUCUUCAUACACCAUUGAUCCAAAGUCGGGGGAUCUGAUCUUUGACCCCGUGACAUCCUUUGAUAGUGGUGAAUACUACUGCCAGGCCCAGAAUGGGUAUGGGACAGCCAUGAGGUCAGAGGCUGUACACAUGGAUGCUGUGGAGCUGAAUGUGGGGGGCAUCGUGGCAGCCGUCCUGGUAACACUGAUUCUCCUCGGACUCUUGAUUUUUGGCGUCUGGUUUGCCUAUAGCCGUGGAUACUUUGAAAGAACAAAGAAAGGGACUGCACCGGGUAAGAAGGUGAUUUACAGCCAGCCCAGUGCUCGAAGUGAGGGGGAAUUCAAACAGACCUCGUCAUUCCUGGUGUGACCUGUUGCGGCUCAUCCAUUGUCCAUUUGCCUUACUCAGGUGCUACAGGUUCUAGCCCCUGCUGGCUGUAGCUGCACAGGAUGCCUUCAAUGUCUUCUAGGUCCCACAGGACCCCUUGCUUUUAUUCUAGCUAGGGUAUGAAUUUAAAAACAUCAGCUACUUCCCUCUCCUCUUUCCCACUCUCCCUCCUUUCCUUACCACCAUUGGGUGGCCCGAGACUAAUUACAGAGUUUUCGUUCCCCAUUCCUAUGUGGGAUUGGGCAAGAGUCCUAGACUAUAGAGUAAUAAUGGUGGGGCUGACAGGAACCCAAAACCAAUACCUGGCUGUAAAGGCCUCUGAAUAAGGACUUUAAGCCUAGCUCCCCCUACUUUCUCCUCCCCGGAUGGGGUGCCAGCUGCUCUAGAGGGGGGUCUGAAGAAAGGAGGGGCUGAGGAUGGUGACCUCAGGUCUCCAGUCUCUGGAGCCUCUCUUCUGUCUCCACAAAAUGUGCCACUGGGAUUCUCCUGGAUUCAGAGUAAACUGACACCGUGUCUAUACAAGGUGGGAGAGCUCAGUUAGCUCCCAAGAGACUUUGAGUAAGAAGAUUUAAAGUGAUCUAAAGAAAAGGCUGGAACUGGUGGCCGUUAGUCACUCUUCAUUUGGCUGGAAUUACCACAUGGACCCUUUGAAGAUGUGUGUGGAUGGAGAAGAUACGAGCUUUAUAGUCUUGGCUCUUUGGUGGGCUCUUUGUGUGUGUGUGUGUGUGUGUGUGUGUGUGUGUGUGAGAGAGAGAGAGAGAGUUAGAUUGUAAUUGUUAUAUAGAAGGGCUUUCUAGCUCUUUGGCAAGGUUGUGUUUCUGUGUGUUUAUAUUUUGACAGAUGUUGCUGGAAAUAAAAACUUCAUU